CCCAAUCCCAGCGUCCAUCUUCCCAAAAACCACAAACUAGAAAAAACAAAAACAAAAACAAAAACAAACAAACAAACCAUGACCCCUAAGCCACGCACUCUCCUCCUCACCCUCGAUGCCUUCGAAACUCUCUUCCACCCGCGCCCCUCUGUACCGGAACAAUACGCGUCGGCCGCGCACCACUUCGGACUCCCUAAAACAGCAAUUACGGCCGAGCGCGUCUUCGCCGCCUUCAAACCGGCGUUCAAAGCGCAGUCCAAAGCGCGCCCGAACUACGGUCGUGACGACGUCAUUCGCGGCCACUACGGCGGACCCCGGCAAUGGUGGGGGGAGAUCAUCAGGGCAACGUUUGUGCAGGUCCUUGCCGAACAACAUCAACAAUAUAAUAAUAACACUACUGCUACUACCAAUAACAACAACAAUAAUGACAGCAGUGGGGUCCAAGCAGAUCUCCCCGAGGGAUUGGUUGGGUAUUUACUUGAUCGGUUUGCAAGUAAAGAGGGCUAUGCGCUGUAUGAUGAUGUGGGGCCUUUUUUCUCCCGGAUUCGAGCUGUGAAGGAGAACGGGGGCAGAUUGGGUCCGUUUGAGCGGGUGGUGAUCGGCGUGAUUUCGAACUCGGAUGAUCGGGUUCCGGCGGUGUUGAAGUCAUUGGGAUUGCGGGUUGGGGAUUGUAGGGCUGACGAGGGCGUGGAUAGUAUGCGAUUGUCGGGGUUUGAAGAGAGGUCGUCUUCUGGGGUGGUAGAGGGUUCAGCUGUGAAUGACGGUGUCAAUGAUAUCGACCUGGUUGUUACGAGUUACGAGGCUGGAGUGGAGAAACCGAGUCCCAGAAUCUUUGAGGUGGCGAGGAGACAGGCGAAGGCGUUGGCUCGGGGUGAUAAUCUUGGUGACUGGACUUGUGUUCAUGUCGGGGAUGACUUGGAGAAGGAUUAUAGGGCUGCUGUUGGGGCGGGUUGGCAUGGGUAUUUCCUUGCUCGUGGCGACGAUGCGGCGAGGAGUGGUCAUGGCGAUACUAAUGUGAUUCAGUCGCUUGUGGAUUUGGUCCCUUUACUGGAGGCUUAUCCUUGAUUCGAGUGUGUUGGGUACACUGGCAUGCUUGUAUGAUAGAGGUAUCUUCACUCCUUUGGUGCUAUCUGUAAACUUAACGCACAGUAUAUAAUGAAGGCUGGGUUUUUGAUUAAGGUUUCAGACGUGUUGGAAGCACUCAGAAACCGUUGAAUGCUGACUUGCAAGACAAGAUUCAACAUGUAGGAUAAAUUAUAU